UUCCUCUGCUCUCUGCUCUUGACUCGAGAUUGAAGGGAAAAUUAGGAGCUGCUCAUUUGGGCUGGCAGGCUCCGCUGUGUCCUUCAGCUCGCUGACGCUCUCCUGUAUCCUGUUGCAAGGGGUCAACAAGUGCUGGGGAGGGCACAGGGAAGCAGAGACUGGCGUCACCUUCUGUUGCUAAGGUAACAUGCUCUGGCCAUUUUAUCUGAUAAAGGAAGUCCAGUGGAUGGAAUGCAUUAUUCAUCACUGAUCUAAUCAAACAAUCAAAAUUGUUUACUUUCACCGGGAAUAUUUAGUGAGAUCAAAGACAUCUGGCUGAAACUGCUCUUGGUUUGACUGCCGACAGUGAACCCUUGAUAUUUCUGCAGCAUUCAAGUGAAUACUUUCUCUCAGAAGUCUGUGAUUGAAACCUCAGGAUGGAUUAUCCCAAAAUGGAUUACUUUCUGGAUGUCGAGUCUGCUCAUAGACUUUUGGAUGUGGAGUCAGCUCAAAGAUUCUUCUAUAGUCAAGGAGCUCAAGCUCGCCGGGCGACCCUGCUCCUGCCUCCCACAUUAAUGGCGGCAUCUUCGGAGGAUGACAUAGACCGGCGGCCCAUCCGGAGAGUGCGCUCCAAGAGCGACACGCCGUACCUCGCGGAGGCCAGGAUAUCCUUCAACCUGGGGGCAGCUGAGGAAGUGGAGAGGCUGGCGGCUAUGCGUUCCGAUUCCCUCGUGCCGGGAACCCACACCCCACCCAUCCGGAGGAGAAGUAAGUUUGCCAACCUGGGAAGGAUUUUCAAGCCUUGGAAAUGGAGGAAGAAGAAAAGUGAAAAGUUCAAACACACUUCAGCAGCCCUGGAGAGGAAGAUCUCGAUGAGGCAGAGCAGAGAGGAGCUGAUCAAGCGAGGCGUCCUGAAGGAAAUCUAUGACAAAGAUGGGGAGCUCUCCAUAUCGAAUGAAGAUGACUCCCUGGAAAACGGGCAGUCCCUGAGUUCCAGCCAACUGUCUCUGCCUGCGCUGUCCGAGAUGGAGCCAGUCCCGAUGCCCAGGGAUCCCUGCUCGUAUGAGGUGCUCCAAGCUUCAGACAUCAUGGAUGGGCCAGUGUCUGAAGAGAGUCCCUCUGCCAGUGAGUCUGGAGUCCUCCUGUCCCAAGAUCCUUCAGCCAAACCAGUCCUGCUACUGCCCCCCAAAAAACCUGCUGCUUUCUCUGGAGACCAUGAGGAGACCCCAGUGAAGCAGCUGUCCCUUCUCAAGCAGCCCCCGGCCCUGCCUCCCAAACCCACUGCCCGGAUUGCCAACCACUUAACAGAUCCUGGCGCCCCUGUGAAAUUGCCUUGUCUGCCAGUGAAACUCUCGCCUCCGCUACCUCCAAAGAAAGUCAUGAUCUGCAUGCCCGUAGGGGGACCAGAGCUUUCCCUGGCAUCCUACGCAGCCCAAAAGAGUGGCCAGCAGGGCGUGGCCCAGCACCAUCACACCGUCCUGCCAUCCCAGAUCCAGCACCAGCUGCAGUAUGGCAGCCACGGCCAGCACCUGCCCUCCUCCACCGGCACCCUCCCCAUGCACCCGUCCGGCUGCAGGAUGAUAGACGAACUGAACAAGACGCUGGCCAUGACCAUGCAGAGGCUGGAAAGCUCUGAGCAGCGAGUCCCCUGUUCCACUUCAUACCACAGCUCUGGAUUGCACUCGAGUGACGGUGUCACCAAAGCAGGAUCUAUGGGCCUCCCGGAAAUCAGACAAGUGCCAACCGUUGUGAUUGAAUGUGAUGACAAUAAAGAAAACGUGCCUCAUGAGUCGGACUACGAAGACUCUUCUUGCCUCUACACAAGGGAAGAAGAGGAGGAAGAAGAGGACGAAGACGACGACAGCUCGUUGUACACCAGCUCCUUGGCCAUGAAGGUCUGCAGAAAGGACUCCUUAGCCAUCAAACUCAGCAACAGGCCCUCCAAGCGAGAGCUGGAAGAAAAGAACAUCCUGCCCAGGCAGACAGAUGAGGAGAGGCUGGAGCUGAGGCAGCAGAUCGGCACCAAGCUCACCAGGCGGCUGAGCCAGAGGCCCACAGCAGAGGAAUUGGAGCAGAGGAACAUCCUGAAACCUCGGAAUGAGCAAGAGGAACAAGAGGAGAAAAGAGAGAUCAAGAGGCGGUUAACUCGAAAGCUCAGUCAGAGGCCAACAGUGGAAGAACUCCGGGAAAGGAAGAUCCUCAUUCGCUUCAGUGACUAUGUGGAGGUGGCUGACGCUCAGGACUAUGACCGCAGAGCAGACAAGCCGUGGACCCGCCUCACCGCUGCAGACAAAGCUGCCAUUCGGAAGGAGCUGAACGAGUUUAAAAGCACUGAAAUGGAAGUUCAUGAAUUGAGUAGGCACUUAACAAGGUUUCACCGACCUUAGCAGUGGGGUUCCUCCCUAGCAGCUGCUGGCUUCAAAACAUAAGUCUGUAAGAACCAUAAGUGCUGGCAUUUAUUCACUUCCCCAUUCCGGUGUAAAUCUUCGGAACUGCCUUUUUUUUUUUAAAAGAAGAGAAAUAAAAGGAAACACAAUCAGGAUUCUAUGAGCGAAAACAUGAUGGUGACCGAUCCGCAGUCAGAGCUGCUGGCGCUACUUCUGGUACCAACACACGUCCCGCUUUCCAGUGGGGCCUGGGCUGAAGACCUCCCGGAGGUGGCGUGGCCCUCAUUCUCUCUUUCCGGGCCCAGCAGGCACCAUGUUCAUCCAGUCUCCUGCACACCCCUUCCUCGUGCUCGUGGGACUGUCGCUUGCAUCCAGAGCAGGCAGAGGCCAUGGGUUUGGCCUGGGAGUGACUGUGCAGAGCUCAAGAUCUGGCUGGCCUUCUGGACGCAGCACCAGCUCCAACACUGCAUCUGGUUUGGGGGUCCCCAAGGAGGGGGAUGCUGGGGGGAGCCUCACCGCUCGGUUGCCCCUGCUGGUCUCAGCGUCAUCCGCACAGAGGACAAGACGGCGGGGCCCUCUUCUGGGGAAGUCCGCGGCCCACUGGUCCCAGCAUGUGGGUAGCUGUGGCAGGCUGGCUCUGGGUGCACCCUGUCCCUUCUGCCAAGGGUGAGCUGCUUUCCAGGAGGCUGCAGCUCCCCAAGGGAGAAUUGUCACCGUAGUGCAAAUUAAUUCACCCAAGCGAGUUCAGAAAGCCCAGUGUCACUGGGGACACAAACGCCCCUGCUAAGGAACUCCCCUGGUGCUCGUGCAUAGGAGCACGAGGACCCUAUCUAUGAGCAGGGGACAGAAAGGCCAGGGCCAGAAACUCUGCCUGGCUGAUGUUUUUAAUCUUCCUGUGUACCUCCAGGCCAGCAGUUGUGUGGCUUGGAAGUUAAUGACUUCAGGGUGUAGGGCCAGUGUGUGGCGGCCAGAAACCAUUCCUGGAAGUCUGGCUGCCCUGCUACAGGGGCCUGGCCCUCCAGCACCGCUCGGUGGCCUUCCGUUCUCCUUUCUUUGCACUGAGAGUUUCUAUGGAGAAGCCCAGAGCUUGACAUGGGCCAGACGGGGCAGAUGCCAGACACGCCUGCCCCUGGCCGUCCCUCUGCGCCUAUCCCGGGAGAUUCCUUCCCCUCUCCUGAUGAUGCUGGGUCAUCAGAUGUGGCUCCAACUUCCUUGAGCCUCAAGACCCCAGGAAAGCAAUGCUCUGUUGACAGAGACACUGGGGGUUGGGGUGCAAUGGGGGAAACCCCAAACUCCCAACAGGUACCCCGAGUGGCCUGCUGCAGGGUUUCUUGUUUUCCUUCCUGACCUGGCUCUUGGGCUCUCAGGCCAGGGCUCUGCCUGGCCCCUUCUGCUGGUUCCAGAGUCACCGGGUCUUUCUGGGGAAUGACUCGCUCUCCACCACACACACUCAGCAUCAGAAAGAUGCCAGCCUGGCCAUGCCAGAGUCAAGUCCCCACCCCAAGCCCAGUGGGAGCCAGUUACUCUUAGGAUGUGGCACCCAGCAAGGAGGUGCUAGAAUUCUCUGGCUCCAUGGCAGCACUAACCCAGGAGCCUGGGGGGAUUCGGAGAGCGCGCAGGGCAGCUCUGGAGACAGCACCCCCAGCCUCUGUCGCCUGCUUGCCAGGUCCAGAGCAAGCUGGCCUCUGCCCAGCCCCAGGAGGACACACCAUCACUAAAUCUUUUUUUCCCCCAUUGUUGUUUUCUUUGGGUGUUGAAUCUGAAUGGUUUCUGCAGUCAGAGAGGUAUUCAGGGAAAACACAGUCGGGAUUUUAGCAUGGCUGUGAACGCAGUCUUCCCGAAAGGAUCACUGACGUUUGAAUGUGCGAAUGAUAGAACAGAGGAUGUGUGCUCUUUCGUUGAACUUCCCUGGGGCAGGCAUGUGUGCCUGUGUUCCGGACUGAGGUAUCUGCCUGGCCUAGCCGGGCCCAGCCUGAGGGUUGUACUUCCCCUAACCACAGCUGAGCGGCAGCUGGCACCUGGAGCUCUGGUGUGACAGCCGUGACAGCCAGGCUCUCCCUGGCCAGGAGCGAGUCCUAAGGGAACUUGUUCCUGAGAAGUCAUCUGGACUUCUCCCCUGCUGGCUGUGGUUCUGGGCCCUCGGAUUCCCUGGGAAUAGAAGGCCCAAAGGGACCUCCCUGCAGGCAGCCACCAGCCAGCAUGUGUGCCCAUGGGCCCUGGGCUGGCAGCCCACUUUGUGCACAAAGAGAUGCAGGGCACUGCCCGCUUCCCCUCCACACAGGGCACCCUUCUCAGAAGUCACUGCUCAGAGUUAGGGGUGCGCCUCCCACACCCCGGGAAGGUCACCUGCCUUCAGGACUGGCUACUGCUAAGCAGUUCUUCUGGGGCUCAGCACCCUCUGUGGCCUGCAGGGGGGUGCCUCUGCUGUCCCUUAAAACCUUGAGGUCUCUAGAAAGAUCUCUCACAUUUCUUUCUGCCACAGUGUUGUGACAACAGAAGUAACUUGUGUUACUUUCCAAGAUGACAAACUGACAUUAAUUAGGGAGGUAGAAAAGAAAAAAUAAAUAGACGGGCUUAAAAUGCAUCCCUCUUUUGAAAAACCUGCAGUUUUCAAGGUGGGUUAUUUUUGAGGGUAUACAUCCCAACUGAGAGAUGUGUCAUUGAAUUAGGAGGAGAGGGAAAAUUCGAAAUGUCUCAAAUCACAUGCUUCCCUCUCAAAAUAAGACACUGAUCCAACCCCACAACAGCCCGUCUCAGUGACUAAAGAGACAGCUCGUGGCCUACCUGCCUUUGCAAAGUCCCUGAUAACUUCAUCCCAAAGCCCUGUAAAAACGUGUACAACAUUAGCCUUUCUGUCAGAUGAGAGAAAACAAACAACGUGACAGUCCGCGUGAUGAAGAGCUCCGAGUUUAUUUUUCUCCUGCUUCCAAACAUGUGUUUAUCUUUGCCGAAUGAAAACUCGUGGUGUGUUGCUUCGAUGAAUGGAAUGUCAGGCUCUCCCUGUGCACAACCAGUGGGCAAAGGUCACCUUCAAGGACUUUUUCUUGCCAUCUGUCUGUUACUCCCCAAACCGGUUGCUUUUUGCAGUUGAUCCCCGGGUGUACAUAGUUUGUCUUUGUGUAGGAGUGAGUGGGUAUGGUGACCGUGGAUCCCACACACUCCCGGGCUCUAAUUUAUCAGAUGACGGCUGUAUGAGGAAGACAAUGUACAUAGAAUACAAAGUAAACUGGAUCUCUAUGGCCUAGGUUUUGUACAUACAGAAACUGCAUGGUAUUUAAAUUAUUGUUUGUCUGAUGAUGUAUGCAGUUUCUUUAAAAACAAACCAAAAAAAAGCCUAAAAAAAAAAAA